CUCUUUCUUUCUCUCGUACCUUGAUCUUCAACGGCUGCUUUCUCACAGACGAGACUGGGUCUCGCCCACUUCACUCUUUACCAGCUGUAUCAAAAACAUAGUAAACAACCUGUCAAUCGAGUCAGGAAGGACGACAAAAUUCAACAACUUAACCAGUCAUGGCUCCUGCGCCAGCAGCAGUAGCAGGGCUGGACCCGAACCAGGCGCUUUCUUCUCUUAGUGCGGCUCUUGAUGGGCCAAAGACGUCUGCUGCAGUGCAAGGCGCGGUCGCCAAUGUGGGAGGUGCGGUACCCGGAGUGGGAGGGAACGAUAACGGCAGUGGAUUAGGUGGAUUCUUGACGUCUGAACUGGGGACCAUCUUGGGGUUGGGUAACGGCGCGACUUCCACGUCGGCUCGUGCGGGUGCAACAACGAGUGCUCGGUCGACUAGCACAACCACCCACGCGACCACUACCUCAAAAUCCACAACAACGACGAGAUCAACCACAACAUCGUCCAGCACCACCACGUCUAGUACCAGCACCACCACCUCGACCACCACGUCUCUCACUUCUCCGCCAGCUCGCAGCCUGAAUACCCCCUCCACCUCCUCUCUCAUUCUCGCAAUCCCUACCACUUCUUCGUCUGCUUCCUCUGCCUCACCUUCUGCCUUGGACAACGCCACAGCCAAUGGCGCAACCUCAACGAGCGGGUUAAGUCAUACUGCCGUAAUUGGCAUUAUCGUCGCUGCCGCCGCGGUCGGCGCCUUCAUCCUCCUUUUCUUCUUGCGGAAACUAUGCCUCUCCCGUCGCAGGCGUGAGCGCAUCCAAUGGGAAGAGAACCUCGCCUCCUACAACGCGCCGAAUGAUAUCGGCUCAGCUGAGAAGGUAGAGGAGGAGGUUAUCAGACGUCUCAACGCGAACGUUGUCGCUCCCGUCGCUCCUGCCCCCGUCGCACGGGGAAGGCAGCAAACCCGUCCUCUGACACCACCGAACAUGGGCCAAAUGGGCCAGCAGGACAUGAUCCGGCCGAUGCAGAUGCGCAGACCGGUUCAACCUCCUUCCCAGAUGAUGAUCGGGCCAUACCCGACAUUCUCACCGAGCACUUCACCACCUCAGCAACUUCGUUUCAGUGGCGGUAACAGCGGUGCCUCCCAACUUCCCGCUCUACCCCAGGCAGCAGGGUACGGGAUUGCCCCGCCUCCACCCUCCCUGUCACCUGCCAAAGGAAUGUUCAAGACCGUUUUGACGACGUACAGUCCCCAACUUCCUGACGAGCUUCCUCUUACGAUCGGAGAGACCGUGCGCGUCAUAGAAGUGUACGAAGACGGGUGGGCGAUGGUGGAGCGCGUCGGGCCACCUGCUACAGGUGGCAUGUUUGAGAAGGGUGUCGUACCGGCCGAAUGUGUGGGUCUUGCUUCCCAUCAGCGCUGAGGCAUUCUAUUGCGGGCAGCCAGACUCGCUGGCACCUUCCAGAGUAACCUUCCUCCUCAUAUGGACUUUUCGUUUCGUUUCGGGUGCCCCAUAUGUCCACAUCGAU